UCCGUUAAACAAACAGAAAAGUCUCAAAUUUGGUUGAAGCUCUGAUAAAAUUGAUUACUAAUUCAUAGUUAAAUAUCUCCUCCUCGAGAAAGAGGACCGAAUCGGGUUUCUCUUCUUUUCUCAUUGUUGUUUUCCUUUUCCAUCGCCUAGUUUCUCUCGACUCGGUAGAGCAAAAUGAUGAGGCUGCGAACAUAUGCCGGUCUCAGUUUUGUAUCGACUCUAGCAGUUAUAUAUCAUGCAUUCAACAGCAGAGGCCAGUUUUAUCCUGCUAUGGUUUAUUUAUCAACCUCUAAGAUCAGCUUGGUGUUGCUUCUCAACAUGGGCCUUGCAGUUAUGUGUGUCUUGUGGCAAUUAACCAAACGAGUAUUCCUUGGGUCUCUUCGUGAAGCUGAGGUUGAGAGGUUGAACGAGCAGUCAUGGAGAGAGGUCAUGGAGAUCCUUUUCGCAACCACCAUCUUUCGGCAGGAAUUCUCAGUUUCAUUUCUUGCAAUGGUUACGGCUUUAUUGUUAAUCAAGGCUUUGCACUGGUUGGCACAGAAGAGAGUCGAGUACAUUGAAACAACUCCUUCCGUUCCGAAGUUAGCUCAUGUUCGAAUAGUUUCUUUUCUGGGUUUUCUUCUUCUUCUCGAUUCUCUGUUUUUAUACAGUUCUAUCAAAUUUCUGAUCCAAACUCGACAAGCUUCAGUUUCUAUCUUCUUUGGUUUUGAGUAUAUGAUAUUGGCCACGACAACAGUGACUACCUUUGUAAAAUAUGUUUUCUAUGUAAGUGACAUGCUUAUGGAAGGACAAUGGGAGAAGAAGGCUGUAUAUACCUUCUACUUGGAGCUCGUCCGAGACUUGCUUCACUUAUCUAUGUAUUUGUGCUUCUUUCUUGUGAUUUUCAUGAAUUAUGGUGUACCUCUGCACUUAAUACGGGAGCUUUAUGAGACAUUCAGAAAUUUUAAAAUUCGGGUUGGUGAUUACUUGCGCUAUAGAAAGAUCACCUCAAACAUGAAUGAUAGAUUCCCAGAUGCAACACCUGAAGAACUCACUGCAAGUGAUGCAACCUGUAUUAUAUGUCGUGAAGAGAUGACCUCAGCAAAGAAGUUAAUCUGUGGGCAUCUUUUCCAUGUACACUGCCUUCGAUCAUGGCUGGAGAGGCAGCAGACCUGUCCUACCUGCAGAGCACUGGUUGUACCGUCCGAAAACGGAACAAGUUCAUCUGAAGGACAACAUGGAGCUCGGUCAGAUGCUCGUCAACAAGGGUCCAGCACAAGUUCUGCUACACAAAGUACUGGUGUUGACGCGGCCACUGAUAAUUUGACCCGCCAUCAGGCCAGACUUCAGGCUGCUGCUGCUGCUGCGUCAAUAUAUGAAAAAUCCUAUGUUUAUCCCUGUGCAAACACUAUGGUUUGGUCUCCAGGGAACGCUGUACUUCCCUGGGCUUCUUCUCCAUUGGCUGAUUCCAUGAAGUCAGAAUCUAGUGGGGAAAGCACAUCCAUUGGACAACAACAGUUUGCCAUUCCUGGUGGACAGGCAAACUUACCCUUUCCGCAGUUCCCGCACUGUGGUUUUUUUCCUAUCCAGUUACCUGGUGCCAGUGGAAACUCAGGAGAAGAGUCGGGGAGUAAUCAAAAUAUUUCAGAUUCCCAGUUGGUGGCUCAGAAGAAGAUUAUCCAACAGCAGAUUGAGGUGCUGCAACAUCAGCUCCAAAUACUACAGAUGCAAAAGCCAAAAACUGAGGAAAGCUCGGACGUCGGUCUCGUAGCUUCAUCAGGCUGUAAAGGAAAGGCCGUUGCAUCUUCUUCCGAAGAGUGAAGAGGGUACAUAGUUCUUGCACAACUCCAGCUUAUUUGAAUUAGUGUAGUAGUGAUCUUAAAAGCGCCAAGUUACCUCUUUCCUUUUCUAAUCUUUCUCUUUAUUCAUACCUACAUAACCUUCCUUUCGACAUUGGAUAAUCAUUUUAAGACGACCAUUAUCAUUUAUCAAAUGAUUGUAAAAGAAGGGACUUUUAGAUCUGAAAAAA